UACGCCGCCACCAAAGAUCGCGGGGAGGCGGGGAUAAGCGAUCACACCUUGAAAUAUCUCGAAUGUGAGUCGAGCGGUAGAGAUAUCUACUUUACACAAUUGAUACAGUUUUUGUUUUGAUGGACUUACCACGUCUUUAAGUUAAGUAGCGGUUUGCCGUUGCAGACAGAUUCGGUUGUUAGUCUCACAUUCAUCCUUUGGUGACAUAUGCAACGAAGAUGCAGUUGUCAAUCCUACCACGACUAGGGCUAGAGUCGCAUUCCUACCUUUAGGCUGAAAUCACUGAAGCGCUAAGAUUACCUUCUCGAAAUGGCUAACUUCGAAAGUAUAUAAAUGACUCAUUCUCUUCCAAAACCACCGAGUUGAUCUCGUUUAUAGACAGGAUCCAAUCAUGGAUGCGGAACAUACUACCAGAAUUCUGAAAGAUCAGGCAGCUAUCCAACAGCAACUCUGGAGAACAGCGUUGGGUCCUUGGGAAUCUGGUGUUCUCCCCAGCGCUGAUAGUUUGGACCGAGCGAGAAAGUCUCUAAAGACAUCUCUUGUGGAAGAUGGGAUAGGCUUCGCGGAAACACAGAGUCACAUCCUCGAGGAUAUUGUGCCAGGCUUCAAUGGUGGAAGCAUCAGUCCCAAUUAUUAUGGGUUCGUGACCGGAGGAACGACACCGGCAGCACUCUUCGCGGACAACGUCGUCUCCGCCUAUGACCAGAAUGUCCAAGUCCAUUUGCCCAAUCAUUCUAUAGUGACGGAUGUUGAAAACGCUGCAUUGGGGCUUCUUACGGAUUUAUUAAAGUUAGAUCGGCAGCAGUGGAAAAAUGGCACCUUUACUACAGGUGCAACUGCGAGUAAUAUCAUGGGCCUGGCGUGUGGAAGGGAGUUUGUUCUGCGCACUGCUGCAGAACGAAAGGGAAGCUCUGUGAAGAGCAUGGGAGAACAUGGCUAUCUUGAGGUCCUCAAGGCAGCAGGGCUUUCGCGAUUUCAGGUGCUUUCAACAAUGCCUCAUUCAUCAGUGGGUAAAGCGGCGGGCAUAUUAGGUAUUGGUCGUGCCAACGUGAAGAAUAUCUGCGUCAAGGAUGAUCCCCUGCAAUUCGACAUGGCGUUGCUUGAAGAAGAAUUAGCUCAACCUGAAACAGCUAGUAUUGUGGCCAUAUCAUGUGGAGAAGUCAAUACAGGGCGUUUCGCAACGAGGGGUAUCGAUCAGAUGAAAGAAAUCCGAAGGCUCUGCGAUGAAUAUGGUGCCUGGAUUCACGUCGACGGAGCGUUCGGUAUAUUUGGGCGAAUUCUUGAAGACACACCGGAAUUCUCAUCAAUCAAAGCGGGAUGCGAAGGUCUGGAGCUGGCGGACUCCAUUACUGGAGAUGGACAUAAAUUGCUCAAUGUACCCUACGACUGUGGUUUCUUUCUCUGUCGACACGCCCAUGUCGCGGGAAAUGUCUUUCAGAAUGCUAACGCGGCAUACCUGAGCUCUGGUGAGUCGUCAGGAAUCGCCAUUCCAUCUCCGCUGAAUAUCGGAAUCGAGAAUUCGAGACGCUUCAGGGCCCUUCCGCUGUACUCUUCCCUGAUAUCAUACGGCAAGAGCGGCUACAGGGAAAUGCUGAAGCGGCAAAUCCGACUGGCGAGAAUGAUCUCUACAUGGCUAUUCGACCAUCCUGCAUAUACUGUCUUACCAACCUAUGGAAGUAAGAAGGAACUGCUGCAGAAUACUUAUAUGGUUGUGCUAUUCAGUGCUCAAGAUGAGCGCCUCAAUGGGGAGCUGGCCAAGAAUAUUAAUGUAACAUCAAAGAUAUUCGUGUCAGGAACUGUGUGGGAAGGGAGGCCGGCAUGCAGGAUUGCGAUUUCAAAUUGGAGGGUAGAUGAACAGAGGGAUUUUGAGAUUGUAACUGGUGUUUUGCAGAGCAUUUUGGAAGAGAAUGAGCAAAAGAAAUAGAAAGACGAAUCCGAGAGUCGACCCCAAGAAUAAAAAUUUCAAAUAUCGUG